ACAAGAAUCUGCAUGGACAGGAAUACAACUGGGCAUCUGGCAUCUUUUACAUCGGCUACCUUGCGGCUUCAUAUCCAAUUUCGCUGGGAUUUGUCCGAUUUCCCCUGGGUCGAUACCUCAGCUGUUUGAUGUAUACCACUCUGCUCUGCGUCGUCGUCGUAUUAUCUAACAAGUUCUAGAUUUUGCUGGGGAGUUGUUCUUACCUUACAUGCCGUCGCUGAGAACUAUGCCGGGUUAAUGAUCCUUCGAACCUUCCUCGGUAUUUUUGAGAGUGCAAUCAGCCCUGGGUUCUCGCUCAUCACUGGAAUGUGGUAUACCCCGAAGGAACACAUGUCGCGCCAUUCGAUCUGGUUCGCAGGAAACGCCAGCGCAAGUCUAAUCGGGUCUGGAAUUGCAUAUGGUAUUCUACAUUACACAGGUCCUCUAAGCCAGUGGAAGAUGCUUUUCGUCAUAUUUGGCCUCAUCACUGUUGCAUGGUCCGUACUACUUUGGUUCUUUCUACCUGAUUCUCCCUCCAAUGCCCGAUUCCUCACUCCCACCGAGCGGGAGUUCGCCUCCCUGCGGCCGAAGAAGUUCCAGCACACCACGCAGACCAAGCACUGGGAUCGUGGCCAGUUCAUCGAGGCAUGGAAAGACGUCAAGACCUGGUGGUUCCUGCUCUUCUCGUUUGUUAUUUGCGUGCCGAAUGGUGGUACAACCAGCUUCAACACAUUGAUCAUCAAUAGCUUCGGCUACGACGAGUUUCAAACAAUCCUCAUGGGAAUGCCCGCCUCCGCCUUCCAAUUGACAACCGUCAUCCUCACAGCCCUCUUCACAAGUUACACCCGGAAAUCCCGUCUAAUCGCCAUGGUCGUUAUCUUCGUCAUGGCAAUCGCCGGAAUUCUCAUGGUCAAGCUCCUCCCCGACCACAGAAAACUUCCCCGUCUCGCCGGCUACUGGCUCGUCACAGCCGUCGCCCCAGCAUUCCCACUCAUGAUGUCCCUGUUCGCGAGUAAUAUAGCCGGCUUCACAAAAAAAUCGACCGUUGUCGCCCUGAUCUUUGUGGGAUACUGCGUUGGAAACUUUGUUGGCCCGCAGUUCUUCAAGGACUAUGAGGCGCCCGGGUAUGAGACCGCUUACACCACUAUCCUGACUUGCUUUGCGAUAGCUAUUUUCAUGGCUGCUGGGUUUCGAGCGUACCUUGCCUGGACGAAUAGUAGUCGUGACAAAGCUCAGGGUGUUUACAUUGAUCCUGAGGAGACGCGGAAGAUCGAUCUCCGCGCGGAUGAGGGUCUAGAUCAAGUGGAUGAGACGGAUAUUCAGAACUUGAGCUUUAGGUACAUCUUGUAGAUGGUAUUUGAACCGGCCUAUGGUGAUCUUGCGCAUUAGGCAAUCAGGCGACUACAACGUUUGUUAUGCAUUUUUCACGCGGAAAAUAUACUAUAGUGGAUGAAAUAGAAUGUCUCUUUCUCCAAAACACCUGUACUAUUCAAAC